CCCCCAUCAGCCUGAAGCGAAUGUCAGAUUUUCAAGUCAAGGGACACGAGGAGGAUGUCACAGACGGCAGCCCCGGCUCCUCCCACUCUCUGCCGGUCACACAGCUCCUUGUGCAAGAUGCCUCCCCACCGUGGCCGUAGCAGUGUCAUGUCCAUCACCGCGGAGCCGCCUGGAAACGACUCCAUCCUCAGGCGCUGUAAGGAGGACACCCCGCACCGCAGCACAAUCGAAGAGGACAACGACAGCAGUGGUUUUGAGGCCUUAGACCUGGACGAUGACAGCCACGAGCGCUACUCGUUCGGUCCCCCGUCCAUCCACUCCUCAUCCUCCUCACACCAGUCCGAGGGCCUGGACGCCUACGACCUGGAGCAGGUCAACCUCAUGUUCAGGAAAUUCUCUCUAGAAAGACCGUUCCGGCCCUCGGUGACGUCCGGGGGACACAUGCGGGGCCCGGGGUCGUUGGUGCAACACACGACACUGAACGGCGAUGGCCUCGUCAACCAGGUCACCCUGCUGGGAGGCAACGCCCGGGGAAGCUUCGUCCACUCGGUGAAGCCGGGCUCGCUGGCCGAGAAGGCCGGGCUGCACCAGGGCCAGCAGCUGCUGCUGCUGGACGGCUGCAUCAGAGGCGAGCGGCAGAGCGUCCCCUUGGACGCGUGCACCAAGGAGGAGGCCCGCUGGACAAUCCAGAGGUGCAGCGGCCCCGUGACCCUGCACUACAAGGUCAACCACGAAGGGUACCACAAGCUCCUGAAGGACAUGGAGGACGGCCUGGUCACAUCUGGGGACUCAUUCUAUAUCCGGCUGAACCUCAACAUCUCCAGCCAACUGGACGCCUGCUCCUUGUCCCUGAAGUGUGGUGACAUUGUGCAUGUCCGCGACACCAUGUUCCAGGACCGGCACGAGUGGCUGUGUGCGCGGGUCGACCCCUUCACUGACCAGGACCUGGACAUGGGCACCAUCCCCAGCUACAGCCGGGCCCAGCAGCUGCUCCUGGUCAAGCUGCAGCGCUUACUGCACCGCGGCAGCCGGGAGGAGGUGGACGGCGCCCAGCACACCCUAAGGACCCUGCGGAACACCCUACAGCCCGAAGAGCCCCUGCUGCCGGCCGGCGACCCCCGGGUCAGCCCCCGCCUCUCCCGAGCCAGCUUCUUCUUCGGGCAGCUGCUCCAGUUGGUCAGCAGGUCAGAAAACAAGUACAAAAGAAUGAACAGCAAUGAGCGUGUCCGAAUCAUCUCUGGGGGUCCCCUGGGCAGCCUGACGCGGUCCUCGCUGGACGCCGCCAAGCAUGAAGAGUUGGACCCCGAGAGCGAGUUCAGCAAGAACCUGAGCCUGGCGCCCUACAGCCUGGUGCGCGCCGUGCACUGCGAGCGCCGGCGGCCCGUGGUCUUCACGCCCACCGCGCUGGCCAAGGCGCUGGUGCAGCGGCUGCUCAACUCGGGGGGCGCCCUGGAGUUCACCAUCUGCAAGUCAGAUAUUGUCACCAGGGAGGAGUUCCUCAAGAAGCAGAAAACAGAAACCAUCAUCCACUCCCGGGAGAAGAACCCAAACACCUUUGAGUGCAUUGUCCCUGCCAACAUCGAGGCUGUGGCCGCCAAGAACAAGCACUGCCUGCUGGAGGCCGGGCCGGGCUGCGUGCGGGACCUGAUCCAGUGCGGGGUGUUCCCCAUCGUGCUGCUCAUCCGCGUGUCCGAGAGGAACGUCAAGCGCUUCAGGAAGCUGCUGCCCCGGCCCGAGUCAGAGGACGAGUUCCUGCGCGCGUGCCGGGCGAAGGAGAAGGAGCUGGAGGCCCUGCCCUGCCUCUACGCCGCGGUGGAGGCCGACAUGUGGGGCAGCCUGGAGGAGCUGGUGCGCGUCCUCAAGGACAAGAUCGGGGAGGAGCAGCGGAAGACCGUGUGGGUGGACGAGGCCCAGCUGUGAGCCCGACGGUCGCCAGGCACCCCUGCCGGCCGGGGCCGCGACACCCCACGGACAGACGCGCCCGGGGAGGCGCGGGGCAGGGCUGUAAUCCCAGCCGCGUGGCCCGGCCCCGCUGGCGUCAGCAGAGAGGACAGAGGACACACAGACACACGGACCCCGAGGCCCAGGCCGGCCUCUCUCAAGCCCGGACAGCUGUUGAAUGUAACACAGGGGCGGGCAGGGGGUCUCUGAGAGCGGGGACCUGAUGUCCACCCCUGGUGGGGACAACACUGUAAGUCCAUUCCCAGGCAGGACAGGCCUGGGGAGCUCCGGUUUCUCUCGAAUUAAAAUUU